GCUUAAUAGAGCAUCUAACAAAUUAACAACCAAAAAAUCUUCACUCAUAGACCUCAAUCAAUAAGUUAAUUAAGAUGUCUGGUUCUGUUUCUGGUUCUCCUUGUGGAGCCUGCAAAUUCUUGAGAAGAAAAUGUAUUAGAGGUUGUGUAUUUGCACCUUAUUUUUGUCAUGAACAAGGUGCUACACAUUUUGCAGCCAUUCAUAAAGUGUUUGGUGCAAGCAAUGUCUCAAAGCUCCUUGCUCAUCUCCCUCUAACUGAUCGAUGCGAAGCCGCUGUUACAAUCUCUUAUGAAGCUCAAGCUAGACUUCAAGAUCCUAUUUAUGGCUGUGUUUCCCAUAUUUUUGCCCUCCAACAACAGGUGGUGAAUUUACAAACACAGCUAGCUUAUCUGAAAGAACAAGCAGAAGCACAGACUUGUCUCCUCAAUAAUGAAAAAUCUACAUCUCUUAAUCUCCCACAACAAGAUCUUCAAGGUUGGUUCCAGAUGCAAAAUUCCAAUAAUUACCAGCUUGGACAAGAAUUUCUUACCAAUAACUUGUCUAACAUUUCAUCAGCAACACAAUAUUAUGGAAACAAUACUCUCAUGAAUGUAGACCCUACAAGGAAUUAUGAAAAUUCAGGAAUCAUAGAAGAAAACAGUUCAUUUUCUAGCUUUGAGGAAAGUACUUCAAAUUCUAUGUCCUAUGACAUGCAAACAAACAGGAGGACAUGGGGAUUUGAUGAAGUUGAGGAUCUACAUUCAGUGGCUUUUGGAUACAGCUGAUCAUAUUUAUGAAUCUUUGGUGAAACGGGUUUAUCAAUUUUGAUUUUCUAGUUUCUGUAUUACUCCAUCCCAAAUGAAAUACAAGCAAAACUGAUUUUGUGAAGUACAUGCACUACUCUGUUGCCAUAAGUAUGCUAGGUAGGAAUUGAAUAGAUUUAUAUAUUAUUAUAUGUUGAAAUUAUAUAAUUGGAAUGAAAAACCACUCUCCUA